AUGCCCCUACUGGCGGAGCUCAAGGUCACACGCUUCGCCGACGCGCCAACGGAAUUUCUCUCGUCCAAACCCGCCAUCAAGCUCUCCGCAAAACGCCUUCCUUGUCUCCGCCAUCUGCAAAUAUUGGGUGUUGGCUUCACGUCGAUCACGGCCUUCAGAAAUCUCCGCGCUCUGGAUCUCGACGACUGCGAGUUCAGCGGACGUUCGAUGACGUGGCCCCGUCUUCGCGGUCUACUAGCCGCCGCGGCCACAAGCCUGGAACGCCUUCGUUUGUCUCGCUCAAGUCUCUCCCACGUUGAAGCCGGUGAAGACUCAUCCAGAAACCCUCACCCGGUUUUCUCCCGGCUACGGAAUCUCGCGCUAAUCUCCGAGGAUCCAAGCGCCAUCCAACACCUUCUCUCGUGCUUCGACUUCCUCCCGAACAUCAAAAUGGAGCUCACUCCUAGCGCCCUACCCGGUGCUAUCGGACACAUUGUCUUCGACACUUAUAGCUCCCUUUUGCCCCACGACCUCAGCGGUCUGCCCGUACUCAAAGCGCUCACGCACGGCCAUAUCGUCCGCAAGGCGGGCGAGCACUCCCGGAUCCAGCUCCUCGCGCGAAGCAGUACACCCGAGUGGCGAGGAGACGACUCCUACGGAGAGGUAGUGCUGGGAGACCGCACUGGCAUCCAGGACGAGCCCGCCGUCUGCACACAGCUUCUCAAGGUGUAUGCCCACGUCUUCGGCAACGUCGCACCCCUCCAUUCCCUGCGCCUCAGCACAGACGAGAUCGGCACGGUCGACCCGCACACGCUGUGCGCGGUGCUCGGCGCAUUCCCGGAGCUCGAGGUCCUCUCGCUCGACCCCACGCCCGGCGUCGGGGGCUCGCUGCUCGGCAUCCUGAGGGCGCUUUGCCUCCCUCCGGCGGACGGCAGUGGCGACGCUGGCGGGACGGUCCUGUGUCCGCGCUUGCGCUCGCUGUGCGUCUCCGGCAUGGAGUGUACUCCUGGAGUGGAGGGAGUGCUGUUGAAGCUGCUCGCGCGUCGGGUGGAGAGGGGGCUUGCUCCGAUGGACGAGGUACGGAUGACUCUGUACAUUGAAGACGAUGCGCUGCCGGCGCAGUGGAGCGGUCAGAGCUUGAGGGCGUAUGUCCAGCACCUGCGCCCCCAGUACGUGAUGGAGUGUGUCAUCGAGGUCACUCCUUUGAAGGACUUGGAGCUUGGCGAUGACGAUUAA